CGUGUGUCUACACCGCGAGACCGCAUACAAGUACAAGGCAGAUAGGUAAUCUGCGACAGUCUGCGAAAACCCUCAAUGACGUGCACCCAUUGCAUCCCCAGAACACCGAUAAACACCACCAAUUCAUAGCAGAGAGAAAAAAAUGGGUAACACAUCCAGCACCCACAAAAUUUCCGCGCAGGACAAGUACCUCUCACCUCUCCACUCUCCCCUCUCCCCUCUCCCUCUGCUCUCUCCUUCUAAUCCNAAAAAAUGGGUAACACAUCCAGCACCCACAAAAUUUCCGCGCAGGACAAGUACCUCUCACCUCUCCACUCUCCCCUCUCCCCUCUCCCUCUGCUCUCUCCUUCUAAUCCCCCUCUGUCCCUCUCCCCUCCCUCCCCCUCCACCCCUCUAACACCCACUCAGAGCAAUCCUAGACAUGAAAAACCAGCGGGACAAACUCCACCAAUAUCAACGCCGCAUCACCCUUCUCACCUCCCGCGAAACAGCCAUCGCGCGCGAACUGCUCGCCAACGGCGACAAGCCCCGCGCACUCCUCGCGCUCCGCCGGAAAAAGUACCAGGAAAGCCUGCUCUCCAAGACGGACGCGCAACUAGAGCAGCUGGAGAAACUAACCGCGAGCGUGGAGUUCGCGCAGGUGCAGAAGGACGUGCUAUUUGGACUACAGCAGGGGACGCAGGUGCUCAAUGAGAUCCAUAAGGAGAUGGGUGGCAUUGAGCGCGUGGAGAUGUUGAUGGGGGAGAGUGCUGAGGCGAUUGCUUAUCAGCGGGUACGUUUAGCAAUCCACAUGUUACAGCUACAAUUAGGAGUCGACAGAAACAGUGGGAAAAGGAGCUGGACAACGGCCCUGGAGAAGGAGGAUGCAGCAUGUAUUGAUCUGUAUACAGGAAGUAAGCGACAUGCUCGGCGGCCGAAUCUCAAACCAGGACGAGGACGAAGUAGAAGACGAGCUCGAGGCCCUGGAACGAGAAAUGGGCGCCCACCUCCCCGAGGUCCCCACCACAAAGCCAAUACACGAAGGCAUCGGCGCUCUGCCAGAUGUCCCUCCAAACGCAUUACCCGCAAAAGAACGAGCAAAGGCGAGACAGAAGGAACAGGGGCAACGGAUGGCCAUGUUGGCAUAAGGAAAGGGUUUACUAUUAUUUAUUAUUUCAUGGAGGGCAUUGCAUGGCGUUGCGAAAGCAUAUAGAUGGAAUGACUUAUGAAUGGCGUAUAUGGGUAUAGUAGGUGUAGUAUGUAGAAUCAAAUAUCCAGGAUCCAGGUAUCACGAGGAGCUUUAUAGCAUUCAGUCAAUUAUUAAUUCAAAUCACAUCACAC